AAAGACAUACUUUAAGUACUCAUAAAAUAUUAAUAUCGAUCAAUCAAAUGAACCAGUUACACGGGAUUUUGUUAUAAAUACCGUGUGCAAACAUGUCGUAUGUACUGUCGUUUCAUAUUUUCAAUCGCACCGUACAUUGUUCACUGACCGAUCAACCGAAAUGGCUCCCGGAGGUAAAUCAGCUGGAAAAGCUAUGAAGAAGUCCGGAAAGGCGCAGAAGAACAUCACCAAAUCGGACAAGAAGCGCAAGCCCAAAAGGAAGGAAUCGUACGCUAUCUACAUCUACAAGGUGUUGAAGCAAGUGCACCCCGACACCGGCGUUUCGUCCAAGGCGAUGAGCAUCAUGAACAGUUUCGUCAACGACAUUUUCGAACGCAUCGCCGCCGAAUCCAGUCGUUUGGCUCAUUACAACAAGCGUUCGACCAUCACCAGUCGGGAAAUCCAGACCGCCGUCCGUCUCCUGCUGCCCGGUGAAUUGGCCAAGCACGCGGUGAGUGAAGGGACCAAAGCUGUGACCAAAUACACGAGCUCUAAAUAAGUUGUGUUGAUCAAAUUAUUAUGAACUCUCAUUAAAAAGGCCCUUUUCAG